AUGUCUUUACCAUCCAAGCCCCCUACCACCGUCAUCAUCAUCGGGGCCGGGAUCUCAGGCCUGGUCACCGCCUGUCAACUAAAACGCACCUACAACCUGGACAACUACUGUAUCUACGAUCGACAUCCUGGCGUAGGAGGAACGUGGUGGGUGAACCGAUAUCCGGGCUGUGCCGUGGACGUGCCAGGGUUCUGCUACACCUUCUCCUUCGCCCCGAACCCCGACUUCAGCGAAUGGUUCCCCUCGCAGGCCGAGAUCCUGGACUACCUGACCAGCGUCGCAGACCGCUACGACGUCACGCCGCAUUUCACCGGCAACACCGAAUGGGUCGGUGCCGCCUGGCAGGACACCACCCGCACCUGGGUGGUCACCUUCCGGGACCGCUCGACCGGGCAGCAGUUCACGCAGGAAUGUCGGAUCCUCAUCUCGGCGGUCGGGGCGCUCGUCAAUCCGCUCCCAUUCACGGCCCCGGGCAUUGAGCGAUUCGAGGGACAGAUCAUCCACACCGCAAGGUGGCGCGAGGACGUGGACCUGCGUGGCAAGAAGGUGGCGGUUAUAGGCAAUGGAGCAUCGGCUAUCCAACUAGUGCCUGCGAUUUGUGAGCAGGCAAGCUACGUUACCCAAUUCAUGAGGACACCGCACCACAUUGUCCCGAGCACGAACUACGGCAUCACUGAAGCAUGGCGAGCAAUCUUCCGCUAUCUCCCGUUUCUGCUGUGUUUGCUCCGGUGGGCGCUGUUUGUGUACAUGGAAACCGGGUUCUCGCAGUUCCAGCGCAGCAAAGAGGGCCGUGUGAAUCGAGCAAGCGCCGAGAAGGCGAGUCGGGAGUAUAUACACAAAGCUGCACCGGAAAAAUACUGGGAUUUACUAAUACCGCAAUACGAGUUCGGCUGUAAGAGACGGCUGUUCGACCGGAGCUAUUCUGCAGCUCUACAUGGAAACAAUAUUCGCCUAACGAACGACCCCAUCGCUGAGGUCAAGCCACGCUCGAUCGUGACACGUUCCGGGGAGGAAAUUUCAGCCGACCUGAUCCUUUUGGCAACGGGAUUCGCCCUGACGCACUACGAGACGCAGCUUCGGGGCCGGCAUGGCCGAACGCGUGAAGAACACUGGCAACAGUAUGGAUCCAAGGCCGCCUUCAAGUCGAUUGCCAUGAGUGGAUUCCCGAACUUCUUCUACGUGCUGGGCCCGAACUCGGGUGGGGUCCACACGUCGACGACAUUCCAGAUUGAAAGUUACGUGGACAUGAUCAUCGCUUUGAUCAGACCGGUGCUGCUGAACCAGGCUGCUCUGGUCGAGGUCAAGGUCGGCAGUGAGAAGGAGUAUACCAACGAGCUUCAUGCGGCGAUCGAUCGUACAGUACAUGACAGCUCCUGCUCUAGUUUCUUCAUCGACAAGUUGACGGGCAAGAAUUGGUUCCUCUACCCUUGGAACUCUCUCCACCUCUGGCGGUCCACACACUGGAAUAUCUCUGCGGACUGGAUCUACGAACGGUGA